AUGAGACUAAAUUUUGGAAGAGGCCACACGUUGGACGAUCGAUCGGACGACCCGUCGACUUAUUCUCAUCACGUUAUGUCUGACAACGGGACAACUGCUGUAUCAAGGGCGUCUACACCCCGCCCGGUAACCGAAAGUCCAGUAAACGCACCUCUACGUUCAAGACAUGAUCAGUUUCUGGCAAAUUCUUCCGAGAGAACACAACGGCCUUCAUCAAAUGGUCGCAACCCUAAUGGAAACUUUGAAUCACCCCCUCUACCUUACCAUCGUCAGAUGACUACGGGAUCUCUUCUUGCAUCAACUCAUAGAGAAUCGUCAGCUUUUGUACCUGUAGUGCCAACAAGAGCCAUGCAUCCGGUUAUGUAUCCUAAUGACAUGCACCCUCCACUGAUGCCAUCCGAAAUAAUAGAAAGAGAGCGAAUGCUAGAGAGGGAUAGAAGCGAAUCAGCAAAAGGAUCACCGGACAGAGCACCAAGCAAUUUCUCAAAAAGAAACUCAUUUGAUCUUAUGGCUAUGAUGGUGGAAAAAAGAAAAGAGGUUGCGCUAAGAGAAGCUGCAGCAGCAAUGUUGCUUCCUCAUCAUAGAACUUCAUCUAUGGAAGGCAUGAUAUCAGAUGGAUCAUCUCAGCCUCCAAUUUAUGGUCCACCAGGUGCCUUUCUUGCAGCACCAGGCCCAUCGCCAACAGCUGCUAAUAGUUUCACCUUUCCUGGUGCUGGCUUGUUUCCUUCAGGGGCAGGUCCUCACCAGAUGCAUCCUCAUCUAGAUAGACGGCUAUUACGAGCCCCAGGAAGAGCUUCGAGGCCCAAGAAACAGUUUAUUUGUAAAUUCUGCAAUCGUCAAUUCACGAAAUCCUAUAAUUUGUUAAUCCACGAAAGAACCCACACCGACGAGCGUCCAUAUUCUUGUGAUAUAUGCGGAAAAGCGUUCCGAAGACAGGACCACUUGCGUGACCAUAGGUACAUUCAUUCUAAAGAGAAGCCAUUUAAAUGCACAGAAUGUGGAAAAGGAUUCUGUCAGUCCAGAACUUUGGCGGUUCACAAGAUACUUCAUAUGGAGGAGUCACCACACAAGUGUCCGGUAUGCAGCAGAAGUUUUAAUCAACGAUCUAAUCUGAAGACCCACCUAUUAACACAUACUGACCAUAAACCGUAUGAAUGCAAUUCAUGUGGCAAAGUAUUCAGAAGAAAUUGUGACUUGAGACGUCAUGCUCUUACUCAUGCUGUUGGAGAUGUCCCAACUGGAGACGUUUUAGAUGUAGGUGAAGAAGAUAUAGGAAGGCCAGGAUCCCCUAUUGAACCAGGAUAUGAUGACGAUGAUGCAGAACUUUCAUCUCCAGAGCAUUCACCAGUAAGAAGAGCACGUUCUUCUUCAAUUGAAAGUAUUGGGAGAGAAAGAAGUGAAGAAAGGCCACGAGCUAUUUCUCCCUCUCCAGUUGAACGUACGCAUUGCCACCACAAUGAACCAAGAGACAGAGCAAGCCCAUAUACAAUGCGUCCGCAGCAACAAGAAAAACAUCGAAUGGCAUCUACAGAUUUAUAUGAAAAACGAAGAUAUACUACCGAUGAAAUUAUGGAAAAAGAAAUGCGUUACACGGACAUUCCCGAGCAUCAAAUAAGACAUCCACAACUCCAAAUUCGUCGUGAUUUACAUCAAGUUGUCCCUCCAGACCCUGCUAAAAUCAGUCAAAUGUCAAGCCCACCUAUAGAUCCUGGGCCUACUGGAAUGUACUUAAGUCCAUUUAGAAAAAGAAGUCAUCCACCUGAUAUUGGAGAAAAUGUAAGGACUUGCGGAGCUGUGUUCAGGAGCCGGUCACCAGAACCAACAAAUUUAACAAUGCCUAGACCACCAUUGGCCAGUAGUGAAGUCAUGGUGGGUAUUCCCCCGACAAUUAUGAGCAUACCAUCAUAUCAUAAAUUUGGUUUACCAUUGCCCCCGCCACAUCCUCAAAUUGCUUAUGGACCUAUGCCCCAUACUGUGUUAGGUCCACAACAAACAGUCGCUCAAGAUCUAAUAGUUAAGCCCGCUCCGCCUAAAGACACAGUACCAAGUACUUCUACUAUCGUCACUUCUUGCAAAGACUCAUCACAAGCUACUACAAAAGAAAAUCUUGACACAGAUUCUAAUUUGAUUGCAAAUGGUAUUAAAAAUAUAGUGGGCAUACAACCAAACUCGAAUCCCAAACCAGGGACGAGUCAAGCGAGUGCGCCUAAAAAAGGCUUUAGCAUAGAAGAUAUUAUGAGACGU